GUCAACCUUUUUGACGGUUCGCUGACUAGGCUCUCAAUAAGAACACACAUCAGCGCCAAAUAAGCCAAAAGUGACACGUCAUAACUUAAAUUUAAUAAAAUAAAAAAGUAAACUUUUCUUUAUAAUUAAUUACAAAAAAUAAAUAAAUAAAUAAAGAAAAAGGAGAUGAAAAGUUUCCUCAAUUCCUCUCCAUUUCUCAUCUGAUCUCCUUCUUCUUCCCACAUCUGUCCACCGUGUCCAUCCCACAUCUGAUCUCCUUCGUCUUCUCAAAUCAAACACCAACUACUCAUUUUCAUCUCCCCCUUUUCUAUUCUCCCACCUAGCCACGAAGAGGAAGAAGAACACUUCCAGCUCACGGUGGGUGCAGUACGCUUUGGUCCCGAUCCGGACCGCUUGCUUCCAGUCGGAGGGAUUUUUCAGGAUGCCGUGGGUGUUGAGAUUGGGGACGUACGCGCCUUCCAUCACCCUGAUCGUGCAGUCGUUGAUGGCAAUCAGCCAUAGAUUGUUGGACUCCCAUCACGAAGCGAGACAUUUUUUGAUUAAUUGCUAGCUUUGUGAUGUAUUGAUCUGUGUGACUGUGUCAUUUGGAACCCUUACUUUGGGGAAUCCUUCAAUCAAACGAAACCAGAAGCAGCCGGAAUUGCAGAUCUGGAAAUAGUGAACAGAACCCAAAACCCUAUCUCUACAAGGCACUUAUUCCUCGUCGCAGUCUCUCUCCAAGGCAGCAUCCAUUAUCAUCGUCUCCCUCUUCCAACACUUCAAUCGGUGAGACUGGUUCUGCUCGCGCCUUCUCCGCUUCCACUAAAGGGUACGCAUCAUCGGAAACGCUUGUGAAUUCCCAUGGGAUUGGGGAUGGUGGCGGGUCGAAUCCUACUGCUGCGGUUGAGUCUCCGGUGGUGGGGAAAAUGGAUUCGCCUCUCCCUCCUCUUCCCUACUUCCAGCGAGCCCAUCGAUUGGAUCGACUGGUCCUUGAGGAGCUCGUCGCCGCCUUUAUGGAAUAACCUCUGUCUAGCGACGGAGACGAUGGAGUUCUCGUCAAAGAGGAGGGCAUUGUGGUUGGACAACAUAGGGAGCGAAGAAGGAAAUGGCGUCGGGGGAAUCGGUGGUGGUGGUGGUUUGGAAAAUUAGGGAUGCGUGGCGGAAGAGAGAGAAGCGAAGAGAAAGAAUGGGAAAGUGAAAAAGGAGGGAUGGGUGGAGACUUUUUCGUUCAUUUUUUAUUUUUAUUUUUUAAACUUAAUCCAGAGUGGAAUUGUUUUUUUUUUUGUCGUUAACCAGAGUGGAAUUGUUAAUGAAAAAACUCGCCAACUCAUUUUUUUUUAUGUCCAGUCAGCCUAUUAACUGACACCGUUAAAGAAAUGGACCGAAGUGGC